AUGUCUUCAGAAGACUCUAAAUUUAUUGCUGAUUCUGGGUCGCGUCAUGGUUCUGGUUCCGGUUCAGAUAUAAAACUUCCACCAAUCUCUUUUUUAUCAGGGCAUGGAAGACAACAUAAUAAAUUACCGUCAGCUUCAAAUAUGGGUAUAUCUUCGUAUUUGUCACAUCCUGGUAGUAACUACUCGAGUCAAUCGCUAGAUUCUAAUGAUGAACAUGCGAAUAAAAGGGCCAAAUUGGAAGAUACAGAUGCUGAACUGCAUUCCCAAGACAAAAAUCUUCAAAAGUCGUCAUUGCUAGGUCUUUAUAAUGCAGCUAAGCUGUCACCAAAUGUGGCAUUUACUUCAACUAAUGAAACGCAAGUCCAGGAUAGAGCUGCUGGUCACCAUUCUCAUGGGUCCCCCAAUUCAUUUAAUCAUUCACAUAAUAAUCAAACACACAAUACUCAAUCGGAGUUUAUUCCGCAUACUCAUGCGAAUCCGCAUCAUCACCACCAUCACCACCACCAUCAUCAUAUACAUCGCAAUUCACCUGGUGAGUCGUCGCCAAAUGGAAUUCCACAUAUACAUGAUAGAAGUCAUAUCCACGUUUUAGCACGAAAUGAGAAUGAAACACCAGUAGCAGAAAGAGACGUAGCUCAAGAUGCGGAAGGCCAUGUAAAUCCACCUCGUUCAGACGAGGUUAAAAGUGAGAAUAACAAUACAGACAAGUUAAAUUUGAGUCCAGCAAAAGAUGAGGCUGAAGAGGAAGUACCAAACAGUGAAAAGAACCAACCAGAACAAGAUCAAGAUCAAACAAAUGAUUCCCAAGUAGCUAAUGAUAUUACUGAAACCAGUGAGAAUGGUGUAGUUGAAACAGCGCCAAAUGGGUCACCAAGUCAAAAAUCACAACGAGUUACCAUUGAGAAGUCACAAUUACUUGAAAUCUUAAAAGAACUUUUCCCAGAUCGUCAUAACUUAGGUACAUUAGUAUAUAAUCCAACUACUACCUGGUCAACGUUACAAACAGCACAGUUGACAGGAUUAAAGCCAGAACAUCAUGAGCGCUUUCAACAGCUAAAGGAAAAUUAUGAGGAUAAACUCAAAGAAGAAUAUUUCAGAAAUAACUUCAAAUAUAUACCAAUGAUUCCACCGCUAGCUAAUGAUUACAUCAAUUAUUUGCUUGAAAUUAAGAUUCCUUACAAAUUUAUUAAACUAUUCAAGGAAGAUCUAGAUGACGACCAUAUUCCACUCAAACGUCAAAUAUGGGGUGGUGCCAGUGGUGUAUAUACCGACGAUUCUGAUAUCUUGUUGGUUCUUGCUCAUUUAGGUCUUUUCAAUGGAAAGAUGGAUUUGUCAGAAUGGAAUGAAAAAUGGACAUCCGAUGAUAUUAUAACUCCGCUUGAUGCUAAGGACGAUCCGAACGAGAUACACGGCGACUUGUCUGUGACAAUUUUGUUAUUACCUCUGUUACCGGAUUAUCAUGGUUAUUAUGCAAACGGUAUUAAUUCGAGGCCGUGGAUCCGUUACAAUAAGCAUAAUGGAUUGUCCUAUGCGGUCUAUAAUGUCAAGUGGGAAGGUUACGGGAGCUACUUGCGUGAUAAGACAUUAUUUAAAAGAUAUCAAACAGAAUUAUAUGAUGAUAUGGAGACUACUAAAGACGAAUUAUCAUCUAAAAAAGGCUGGAGUUUCAAUUUUGCGUACUACAAAAAGCUCAAGCAUAAAUUCGAAACAUUGGAUAAUCAGGAUCCAGAAAGGAGUCUUAAGGAUUCGACUAUGACCAAUAAUAGUUAA